CAUACACACACACACAUACACACACACACACUCAUACACACAGGGAGAAAGGGAGAGUAUCGGCUCUCCGCGAGGCUUGCAGUCAAGUUCUGCCCUGGAGAGGAUGCCAGCGGUAAAGACACGGAAUUGAGAGACUGUGCGCGGAAAUGAGGAACAAACUUGUGCGUCUUUUUUCUUUUUCUUUUUUUUUUUUUUUUGCGCCGUUGAUGUCAGCUGUCAUGUGCGUUGAAGGGAGUCCACGCGAAUAGGAAAAUCCAGAAUGGCUUCCGGGAUUAACCUCUGCUCUUGGUAGAACUACUCAGAAGUUCACUUUCAUUCGCAUGGCAGCUCCUAUAUUGGAAAUACCAUAAUGUAAAUGAAUCUUGUUUUUUCCUUAUUAAACCUUCAUCUCUGGACCAUGAAUCUUAAAGGAUCUACGUGGAUUGUUGCCUACUUUGAAAGGAUUUAGAAAUUGGUUUUGCCUGGACUACUGCGUGGGCCUGCAGCGGUGGCUAGCGGUGGUGGUUGCAGCGGUGGUGGUUGCAGCGGCGGCGGCGGUGGGCGGAUCUUACCACCUUCAAACACAAGGAUAAUUUUACAAACGCUUGCGCCACCAUGAGGAUAUCCACCACCUCCUGUCUUUGUCCCUUUCUGGUUUGCCUCUGCUUCAUCCAGAGGUGUUACGGGGCAAGCCACCAUGUGCCCGCCAAGGUACCCUCCAAGAACCAGACCAAACUGGCCAAUGGGGAAACGGAGGUGCAUCACAGGCCAAAACGUGGCUGGAUCUGGAACCAAUUCUUUGUUUUAGAAGAACACAUGGGACCAGAUGCUCAAUAUGUGGGAAAGCUUCACUCAAACUCAGAUAAAGGCGAUGGAUCCGUCAGGUACAUUCUGAGCGGAGAAGGAGCUGGAACUAUAUUUAUCAUUGAUGAAGUGACAGGAGAUAUUCAUGCCACAAAGAGCCUGGAUCGGGAAAGGAAAACGCAUUAUGUCCUGCAUGCACAAGCCUUGGACCGCAACACAGAAGAGGCCCUGGAACCAAAGUCGGAAUUUAUCAUCAAAGUACAAGACAUCAACGACAAUGCACCCAAAUUUCCAGAUGGACCCUUUGUCGCUUCGGUGCCUGAGAUGUCUGAAUUGGGAACAUCGGUGUUACAAGUCACGGCGACCGACGCUGACGAUCCCACCUACGGAAACAGUGCCAGAAUAGUCUACAGUAUUCUACAAGGACAGCCAUAUUUCUCCGUUGACCCCAAAACAGGAAUUAUCAGGACUGCCUUAGCUAACAUGGACCGGGAAGCCAGAGAACACUACACUGUUGUUAUUCAAGCCAAAGACAUGGCAGGCCAGGUCGGAGGCCUCUCUGGCUCCACCACCAUCAACAUCACCCUCACAGAUGUCAACGACAACCCGCCUAAGUUCCCCCAAAAAAAUUAUGAGCUGUAUGUCGUUGAAUCAGCUCAAGUAGGAAAACCGGUGGGGAAGAUCAAAGCCAACGACGAGGACCUCGGCAUCAACGCAGACAUCAAGUACAGCAUCAUUAACUCAGAGGGGGCCAACAUGUUCUCCAUAUCCACCGACAGGGACACAAGGGAGGGAAUCAUCAGCCUCAAAAAGUCUUUGGAUUACGAGAGAAAGAAGACCUACACCCUGCACAUCGAGGGAACGAAUACACACGUCGAUCCUCGCUUUUCCUAUCUCGGUUCUUUUAAAGACACUGCUACUCUAAAGAUCUCAGUCGGUGAUGUGGACGAGCCUCCUGUCUUUUCUAUGGAUUAUUAUAUCAUGGAUGUUUAUGAGAAUUCGCCAGGCGGCACAGAAGUGGGCGCUGUAACAGCUCGAGAUCCAGACAGCAAUAACAGUCCAGUCAGAUACUUCAUGGACAACAAAGAUGACGGUGAAAGGUAUUUUAGAAUAAAUGAGAGCACCGGGGUUAUCAGGACGACCCGGCCUCUGGACAGGGAAGACAUGCCUUGGCACAACAUCACUGUGAUGGCUUCGGAGGUUGGCAACCCCACUCUUCUCAGCAGCGCUCCUGUUACAGUCCAGGUCCUUGAUGUGAACGACAAUCCACCAGAAAUAGCUACAGACGAGGAGGUCAUUGUGUGUGAGAGCUCAAGGCCAGGACAGUUGAUCCAGACUGUCACAGCUGUGGAUAAGGAUGACUUUGCCAAUGGACAGCGGUUUUCUUUCGCUUUGCCGAGCCAGCUGCCAGUUAAUCCCAACUUCACCCUAAAGGACAAUGAAGAUAGCACGGCCAACAUCAUUGCGAGGCGACGGCGUUUCAACCACCUCACCCAGGAGCUGUAUGAACUGCCCAUUGUGGUGUGGGACGGCGGGGAGCCAUCGCUCAGCGGCACCAGCACCUUGACCCUGCGGGUUUGCCCGUGCCAGCGCCACGGCAGGAUCCGUAUAUGCCAGGGGGAGGCCUUCCUUUCUUCUGCAGGUCUCAGCACGGGGGCUCUGAUUGCCAUCCUGCUGUGCAUCGUCAUCCUGCUGGCCAUUGUCGUUCUUUUCAUCACCCUGAGGCGAAGCAAGAAGGAGCCCCUCAUCAUUUCCGAAGAGGACAUCCGCGAAAACGUGGUCACCUACGAUGACGAAGGCGGCGGUGAGGAGGACACAGAAGCCUUCGACAUCAUUGCCCUCCGUAACCCCGCCGCCGCCGAGGAGCUCAAGUUCCGACGGGAUGUUCGCCCCGAGGCUAGGCAACACUGCGCUCCUCCUCGUAGUCGCCGGAGCACGUCGGUGGAACUGGACGCGGUGGAUGUUCACGAAUUUAUCAAGCACAGACUGGUGGAGGCUGACAUGGAUACCAGCGUGCCGCCGUACGACUCCCUCCAAACGUACGCGUACGAGGGUCAGGGUUCACCCACAGGAUCCAUCAGUCCUUUAGACUCACCCGGUACACAAUCAGAGCAGGAUUAUAAUUACCUGGACGACUGGGGACCCGAGUUCCAGAAACUGGCAGAACUCUACGGAGAGGCAGACUCAGAUGUGACGACCUAGACUGUGAUUUCACUCCUUUUAAAACCAAAUCUGUUUGAAAUCUGUUUUUUCACAUUUUCGGCGACCGAUACGAACAAACGGAUGCUUUCAAACUGUCCUGGUGGUUCCAACUUAUACUGUUCUGUCGAACUUAAACAACUGCUCUAUUUUUAUUUUUUAUUAUUAUUAUUAAUUUUUUUUUUUUCCAUUUUGUCGCUUUGGAUCAUGGGUCGUUCAUCUGGAAGUAUUAAAUCAGAUUUUGAGAUGGAAGAACAACAAUAUGGGGGAGAAAAAAAAAAGGAAAAUGAUAUUUUCCUUGGUGUAUAUUUUUUAUUGCUCAAUAAAGUCCUGAAAUCCAUAUGAGUGGAUAUGUGAAA